AGCGAAUUGCCCAUCUCUAGUCAGCAUAGAGCAUAAAAAUCGUAUACAGAAAAUAAGUGCUCACUUCCUGGGUAUGGUUUUCGUUCACUUUACAAAAACUUAAGAAUGUGUGAUUUUAUUCGGUUGCAUUCCAGUUCAAGCUAUAGAAUUUAGAAGUGUAGUGUGGUUCUAUAUAAAUGAAAAAUACAACCAAGUCGCAAAUUUCGGACAUAGUACCUAAUGCACAAUUCUGAAAAAUAAUAAAACUAGAUUUUCAUUGGAGAAAAACCUCACUUGAGAAUGGCAUCUAUUGAAUGAGCUUUUUUUGGCUGUAAAUGGUUUAUGCUUCAUGAAAAAUGUGAGGUAAACAACAGAAGUAAAACAAUCGCCAUGGUAUUCGAAUGAAUUUGAUUACUCAGCUGAUAAUGUUCACGACACUUGAUUAAAUUGUUUGUGUGACUACAGUCGUAUGUGUCACAGUAAGCUGAAGUAAGCCCGAAGCACAAAAGAGUUACAACCAUCGAAGAUAUUGAACCGUGAAACUUCUGAUCAAACAUUGAUAGCAAUUGCAGUGCUGACGCAGGGUCCACGUAGUACGUUAAGCAUAUCAAUACAUCAGUAGACUGAUCUGUGCUUGACGAUGGACCUCAGAAAGGAACACAUCUCGGUAUUGCUUCCAAUAAACAGCAGUGACACGAUAUAUGGGCCCCAAGCUAGGAAAAGUUUGAAGCGACACUGGAAUCAACUGUCCCGUUUUCAAAAGAAUCUUAUCUGUAUCGUUCUGGUGGGUUUGUGUAUAUUCGUGUUCUUCUUGGUUUCCUACGAUGAUACAACAAGCAAACAAUCGAAAAUUGAGCAACCUUUAGAGCAUAUCCAGAUAGCGCCAUUCAAGGAUCGGCAUGAAAAUCUCGGUCAACUACAUUUGGCGGAGGCUGCGCCGGAAAGAGACCGCAUUUUCCAUUCCACCGAGUCCAAAGUAGAGGAAGUCAAUCUGGCUGCGAAUGGCAAUGGCAUUCCGCAUGAUGACAACAGAAACAGCAUCGAUGAACCGCCGGCCAUGAUUCAAAAUCAUCGUCGAGAAAACAAUAACCAUCAAUCGCAUGAACAUGAAAACGAAGUGAAAAUCCGUAGUGAACCCAAGGAUGUGGUGGAGAACGAGGAAAAUGUUCUAGAGGAGAAUCGUCGGAGCGACAGCGCCAAUGAUUUCAAGGGACCAACAAACGUACGUCAACGGGCAGUAGUUGACGCUUUUCUUCACUCGUGGAAGGGUUAUAAGGAGUACGCCUGGGGUCACGACAAUCUGAAACCAAUUUCGAUGAGCUACUCCGAUUGGUUCGGUCUAGGAUUGACCAUUGUGGAUGCGCUAGAUGCGUUAUAUAUUAUGGAUCUACAGGAUGAGUUCGAUGAGGCUCGCAGUUGGGUCGAUCAGUAUCUACGGUUCGACGUCAAUAGGGAUGUGAAUUUAUUCGAAGUAACUAUCCGAGUUCUGGGAGGGUUACUCAGUACGUAUCAUUUGAGUGGAGACAAAAUGUUCUUGGAUAAGGCGCUAGAUUUAGGUAAGCGAUUGAUACCAUGCUUCGAUUCACCCUCGGGAAUCCCCUACUCGGACGUAAACCUUGAAACUAUGAAAGCACACCCACCCAAGUGGUCACCGGAUAGUUCGACCAGUGAGGUGACCACACUCCAGUUAGAGUUCAGAGAUUUGUCCCGAAGCACAUCAAACAAUGAUUUCGAAAUGGCUGCCACAAAAGUAAAUGUUAAAAUUCAUGACCUAGAGAAAAAUGAAGGAUUGGUGCCAAUAUUCAUCAACGCGAAUACUGGACAAUUCCGAAAUUUUGCCACUAUCUCUCUUGGAGCCAGAGCUGAUUCGUAUUACGAAUACCUGCUGAAGCAGUGGCUUCAAACGGGGAAGAAAACCGAUGACUUUUUAAUCGAUGAUUACCAAACCGCAAUACGGGGUGUGAUAAAUCAGCUCGUCCGAAAAACCCCCAACGAGAAACACCUGUACAUCGGCGAACUAAUCAACGGUAAAGAUUUCAAACCGAAGAUGGAUCACCUAACGUGCUACCUUCCGGGGACGCUGCUGCUCGGUUACAAAAAUGGUAUGCCGAAAAGUCAUUUAAAGUUGGCAAGCGAUUUGUUGGAAACCUGCUAUCAGACCUACAUGAAGCAACCGACCCAGCUGGCACCGGAAAUCUCGUACUUUAACUUGAAUGGCGAAUCCGAAAGUGACAUCUACGUGAAGACCAACGAUGCGCACAACCUGCUGCGACCCGAGUUCAUCGAGAGUUUGUACUACUUCUAUGCGAUCACCGGGAACAAAACGUACCAGGAUAUGGGUUGGACCAUCUUCGAAGCGUUCAACAAGUACACUAAGGUGAAAAAUGGCUACACGUCCAUUGGCAACGUUAAGAACCAGUUGAAUACUCGCCCACGGGACAUGAUGGAAAGUUUCUGGUUGGGCGAAACGUUAAAGUAUUUCUAUUUACUGUUCAGUGAUGAUCGCUCGGAGAUCGAUCUGGAUAAGUAUGUGUUCAACACAGAAGCACACCCGCUGCCUAUUCGGGAAUAUUAAGUUUCGCCGGAAUGGUUGCUCUCUAUCUGCCAGAUGGGGAAAUGUUAGAAUUGUAAAAGUUAGGAAAUAUUCUUAAUAUUUUAAUCUAUGAGCAGAUAGGAAUUUUCUGUUCAUAAAAUUCCAUAGAUCCACUUAAAACCUUGUGUUGCUGAUGGCUAGAACCUAGACAUAAAAGGUUUAAAACGAGUGGCAGCAUACAUAGGUAGAGAUCCUACUAAUUGUUGAUUUGUAGAUUCUGUAAAUUUGUAGACUUAAUCACACGAAUCCACAAAGUUUUUGAAAACUAUUAUUUUUAUUUAUUUUAUUUUUUUCUAUUAUAUGUGAGGUAGCUGUAAGUGAUAUUUUCAAUGAUUCCCGCUUAAACUGGAAAGUAGCAUAAUAGCACUUUAGAAAAGUAGUUCCCCGUGUUGCAGCCUAAAAUGUGAGAUAGUGUUGAUAGAACAGUCUAGUCAAAGAUUAACGGAAAUAUAAGGAGAAAAAUGAGCAUUUCAACCUUAAAUAUGAGGUGAUAGAAGCAAAAUCAGUUGUAAAACAUUUGAUAUUACCAUCAAUAAAUCAACCUUCAUUGGCUUUUUA